AUGGCGACGCAGAUCGUGACGUUCGACGGAGAGUACGUCGAUGAAAGUCUGCGCGCGGCGCUGCCGGCGAACGCGAGCGGGUGGGAGUCGAAGUAUCAAAUCGUCGCCAUCAUGGGACCGCAGAGCUCGGGGAAGUCGACGCUGCUGAACCACGCGUUCGGGACGGCGUUCCGGGAGAUGGAUGAUAGCCUCGGACGGUCGCAAACGACGCAAGGAGUGUGGCUGUCGCGAGCGGAAACGUGUGAAACGACGCCGACGCUGGUGAUGGAUCUGGAGGGGACGGAUGGACGCGAACGAGGGGAGGAGGACACGGCGUUCGAGAAGCAGACGGCGCUCUUCGCGAUGGCGAGCGCGGACGUGCUGUUGGUGAAUAUGUGGUGCAACGAUAUCGGUCGGGAACAAGCGAGCGGGAAACCGUUGUUGAGGACGAUAUUUGAGGUGAACUUGAAGGUGUUUUCGCCGGAGAAGAAGACGGUGUUGUUGUUUGUGAUUCGGGAUAGGUCGAAGACGCCGUUUGAGCGGCUUGUGGAGAAUUUGCGCGGAGAUUUAGAAUCGAUCUGGCGCGGCAUCACGAAGCCGGAGAGGUACGCGAACAGUGCGAUUACGGACUUGUUUGAGUUGAAAUUCACUUCGCUGCCGCAUUACGAGCAUGAGCACGAGUUGUUUGUCGCAGAAGCGAAGGCGCUGCGCGCGCGCUUUGACGCGCCGGCGAACGCUGCGGACAGUUUACGCGACACCGCCGCAGCGGUACCCAUUUCCGGUUUGGGGGUUUCAUUGCGUGAAGUGUGGAACACGGUCAAGGCGAAUAAAGACUUAGAUCUGCCUGCGCACAAGAUUAUGGUAGCUACAGUGCGAUGCGAGGAAAUCGCCGACGCCGCGCUCGCGCAAAUUACCGAGUGCGACGAACUGGCGAAUCUACUGAAGGAAGCCAAAAGCGCCAAGGUGUCGCAUCUUGUGUCCAAAAUUGAAAAGUUGACGAACAAAGCCUUGACACCUUACGACGACGAAGCCAAGUACUUCGUGAAGGAGGUGCGCGAAGCGAAGCGCUUGGAUUUGAAAGCGCGCGUCGCCAAGACGCUCGGCGAGGUCGCAUCGAUGCAUUUAGAACACGUGCGUCAAGAUAUUGUCGAGUCGCUCGUGCACGAAGUGAACGCGACACUUGAUAGAGUUGGAUUCGCGACGUUUUUGAAGGAGACGUUUACCAAGCUCGACGCGCAGUGGGAAGAAAGACUCGACGAGUCUUUACCGACCGAUGAUCUCGCGUGGGCGGAUUUUGUCGUGGAGGAAACAAAAAAUUUCCACAAGACCAUCGAUGCGAUCGUGGACUCGUUGCGUAAGGAACGCAUGAACUUGACCAUUCACGCGUGCGAACGUGCGAUGGAGCGCGGCGUCAGCGCGCAAGCCAUCGGACUGUUGGAGGAAGCACCGCGUGACAUGUGGUACAAGCUGCGCCAAAUGCGCUCGAGCGCUGCGGAAAAGUGGAAUUCGGAAGUGGCGGAUGCUGUGAGUGAGUUUGAGCCCAGCGAUGAGGAAGUAGAGCGCGUGCACCAGAACAUGCGCAAUAGAAUCACCGAGGUAGUCGACGGGAAAUCGCGCGACGCCGCCACCGCUGCGUUGGCACACAUGAAACAAGCGUUUGCUCGAGUGUUUUCGAAAGAUUCCAAGGGUUUACCGAGAAUUUGGCGUCCGCUGGAUGACGUGGCGGCGAUAAAUAGAAAAGCACAGCGAGAAGCUCUGCGGGUGUUAUCGCUCCUCGCGGUGACGCGUCUGGACGACCGUGCAGAUAAGAAGGGCGACGACGCGGCAAUUAAAUCGAUCGAAACUGCGCUUUACGGCCUGAUUCCAUCGGAUGCGCCGCUGACAUCGGGCGUUGAAGACGGCGACGAUGCGACGGAAACGCCGUCGACGGCAGAACCAGUCGCCGUGUCGCUGCCGACGGAAUGGGAAGACGCCGCCGAUGACGCCGUCAUCUUGACUCCUGCCGAAUGUCGAACGAUUUGGCUUCAGUUCGAAUCCGAUACUCUCUACGCCGUCUCGCAAGCCAUGGCGGCGAAAGAAGCCGCGCGACGAGCCCUCACCGGAGGCGCGCCAAUUUGGAUGAUUGUUCUGUUGAUAAUCUUGGGCAUGAAUGAAAUCAAAUGGUUGCUCACGCAUCCUUUGACGCUAUUCAUCAUCGUCGCUCUGGGCUUAUACGCUCGCGCGAUCUUUAAUCAACUCGACGUCACAUCCGCGAUGCAGCUCGGCAUGGUCCCGGGCUUGACCGUCCUCGCGGCGAAAAUCGUCCCAGUUGGCGUGGGCAUACUGAAAAAACUCGCCGACGAGGGCGCGCGCAGUUGGUCGCCCGAGUCCACUCCGAUCCCCGCCGCCCCGGUCGGUGGCACCGUCGCCCACGCCGGGACCGAUCCAAACUCUCAAUUCGCGCACGCGAGCGGGGAUAUCACGUCGCAGGGCGUCCGGCAACGCGCGAAACCGCGCGAAACCGUGGGACGAUGACGCCUCUCGAUUCGUCGCAUCGCGCGCGAGCGUAAAAGCAUUCGAUCACGUCUUUU